CCUCCUCUGUGCAUGGGGCACUCCCGUGGGCACUGGGCAGGGGGCAGUGACAGCAGGCAGAAGGGUCCUUGCCCUCCUGGACCCAACCUUCAGGGGAAUCCAGCAGCCGUGGACCCCUCAUGGCACCAGCCCUGCUCCUCACCCCUCCACCCCAUGCCAAAGGCUGCCAUUUCGGUGCCCACAAGUUCCCUGGCCCAAGCCCUGCCCUGGCACCAUGGGGACAAGCUCACAGCAAGAGGCUCUGGGCUCCCUCCAUGCCACAGGGCCCCCACCUGCAGGCCUGCUCCCAGGGCUGCGAGAUGAGCUGUAAGGAAAGAUUGCAAGCGGGCCCCCACAGAGCUGCCCUCUCUCCCUUCUCCCACCCACAUCCCCACACUCGGCCCUCCACCAUCUUGUUGGGAAGGGGGCGAUUAUUCACAUCUGUGUUCUCUCCCGUUAAGCAUUUUCUAGGGAGAUUUGGUGUCUGUGUGGCUCACUCCCCUCACUCAAGCCUAUGGUCACAAGUUCCUUCCCGCCCUGCCUGCUGGCCCCUACUGGUGGAUUUUUCUCUCCACGGCAUUUAUCAUAAUUGGUGUCUUAUCCCACGCCCCCCCCAAGAGACUCGCUCCGUGCUGCAUCACCAACUCCCACCCAGCUGUCCAAAGCCUCAUCUCACGUAGCCCACAGCAGCCUGGUACAACAGGCCUCUGCCCAGCCCACCUCACAGAUGUGGAGGCUGAGGCCAGGAGCGGUCAAGGUGCCUGCCUGGGUCACACCAUGGGCAGGUGACAAGCAGAGCUGUCCCUGUCCAGAAGCUGGGCACUCAGCCACCCUGUCCUCCCACCCCAGGGCCUUGGCUGCAUUUCCAGAGCCAAACCAGACCCGGGUUGCUUUUCAUGAGUCAUGUCUUGAAAGCUAAUGACUAUUGAUCUCAGCCUGGUCGGGCCAGGCAGGGAACUUGCAUGUCUGAGGCUGGCCCUGCCUUUCAGAAAGAGCCCUGCGGCUGCAGCCUGCCCAGCUGGCCUUCCUUCUAAACACAGACCUCAGGAAAGCAAGAGUUGGCCCCCAUUUGCCCCACACAGGGCUGGCAGCCGGCCACACGGCCAUCUCAGAAGCAGCUGCCUGCCGCGCGCAUGGAGGGAAGGGAGUGGCCGGCCAGUAGGCAGGGAGGGGAAGCUGGUGCUGCUGUCUGUGGGUGCCAAGGGCCUCAUUUCCUAAGAUGAACCUCUCCUGGAGUCCGGGCCUCUCUGCCCUCCAGAGCGAUUCUCCCAGAAGGCAGAGGGUUUUCCAUGCCAGGGCACCUGCCUGCUUCAGCAUCCAGAGGUCCAGCAGCCACCAUCCCUCGCAGCGUAGAAAUGAGCAGUGGUGAAUGCAACUGCUGGCAUGGGAACCCCCCAGCAAGAGAGGGCGACCUGCAAAGAGCCCCUGGGCCUGAAGCAGGAAGCCCGUUGUGUCCCCGCCAGCUGCUGUCCCGGCACUGCCGGGAAAUGCCCAGGUAUAGCCCUGGUUGGCCUUUUGGAGCCUGGGCCUUGGUUUCUGUUCUAGAAGUAUCUGAGCCUCUCCUCUGUGCACCAGGGGCACUCCUAUGGGCACUGAGCAGGCAGCAGUGGCAGGAGGCAGAAGGGUCCCUACCCUCCUGGACCCAACCUUCAGGGGAGUGAAUUCAGCACAUAGGACAGCUAGAAAGGAAUCUGCAAGGUAGAUGAUGGCGAGCGUAAUGGAGACAGAUCACAGCAAGAAAGAGGCACGUGGCAUGGCGUGCGUGGGGCGGAGAGUAGGAUGGGAAGCACAGGCCCCCUGGGAGCCAUGCCCGUCAGACGGAGGUGCAGGCUGUGAGUGACCAGCACGGCAGGCUCCCUGAGGACAGCUGGCUGCCCGCUUUUGGGGAGGGAGCCAUCCAGCCCUGACCAGGGUAGUGGGGCCGAGGCCUGUGUGGACACUGCUACCAUCUCCCUGUAGGGGCUCCUCCGGGGCUCCUUGCCGGCUGGUCUCUCUUUCGCUCUUCUCUGAGCCCACCUUCCCCACCUCAAUUGCAUGUUCAUGCAACAGGCAUUCGUAGGCUCUGCUCUGAGCUAGGCCUCAUACUGGGCACAACAGGGCAGACAUGAAUGAUGGUCCCUACAAAUAAGAUACAGACAAAUACUUGCAGGGAAACCUCCAUGAAAGAGGCAGCUGUGGGGCUCCUGGAGGUGGCCCCCCUCUCUGGGUGCACAUAUGGGCAGAGCAGUGAAAGGUCAGCAGGCCGGUCACCCAUUCUGGAAGGACCCUGGUACAUGGGGCUCAUCACAAACUCCUGCCCCUUGUGGGUCCUUCCUUUGGCCCCUGGAGCUCAGCCCAGGAAAGGCCCAGCCUAGGGCAACUCCAGGACAUCUCAGCCCCCUUCAAGGACCAUGCUAAAGCCUCUAUAGUUGUCUCAGCUCCCAGGAUAGCCCUCCCAGCUCCUCCCCAGGGAUAAUCGAACUUUUCCUCUCUUGGGGCAGAAGUUGGGGACAGUGCUGGUUCCUUUGCAGUUCCCAGGCCAGGUUCCAGGAUCCCCCUGUGCAGCUGACCCAGCUGAAAUGGUGACUUCCCCUCUGCACCUUCUCUCUCUGGCAAUGACGCAGGGCUGCAGUGCAGUCCACCUGGGCCAUGGCCCAGGCUGCAGUCAGGUGGGGUGAGGGUCACUGGACUGGGGACCUCCUUUGUGUUGAGCCUGCCUCCUUGUCCUCAUUGCCCUGUCACAGACUCUGCAGGGUGAGGACUCAGCCCCGAGGCUGCCCUCACUGGUCCAGUCACUAUUGUGCACGUGAAUUAACACCAGUGGUUGAGUUCUGGACACAUGCUUUCUCCCUUGGCCUUUUAAUUGUCCACUAUCUCUCAGGGCUCAUUGCACAUCAGUCUAUGUUGAGACGCCUCAUUCUUGACAGCAGCACAAAUUCCCGCUAUGUGGAUGGACUGUCACUUAGGCAACCAGUUUCCCUACUGAUGGACAUUUACAUUGCUUUUAGUUUCCAGGAAUGUGCGUUCAUCAUUUCAGCUGACUAUUUAGCAAUGGUUCUUCACAUAGAAUCUUUGAAACUCCCCUGUCCCAACUAAGCCUAUUUCCCCAGGCCACUCUCCUCUGCAACCUGCUUAAAUGCAUUCUGCUUGGUUGUUCUUUUGCAAAAAGCAUGAAGCCCAAAGAUCUCUGCGGUGCAAUGAUGCUUUCAACAAGCAGGGAAUGUGUUGUAUAGAUAGCAUUUCCCUUUACAAGGCUAGGAGCAAAUAGGACCUUCCCGGGUUGGGGCCACCUGGCAUGCAGGGGUGAGGUGCCUCCCUGGCAUAAUUACAGGAGAGUUUACUUCAGCAAGAGUUGUGCCCUGCGCUGCUUUCCCAGGGACAACUUUGCCCUGGGAACCACUUCAAGAGAGCACUGUGAUGUGGUACCACAGUCACCACGGAAAAUCAACCCUGGUCUUCAGCAUUUGGGGGGCUCAGGCUCUGCAUGCUCUCUGUGCUCCCGUUUUCAUUUGGACACUUGGGGUGCAGCUGUCCUGUCUGGAAUGCAGCUUUGCCUGUGCUUGUCUCACAGAUGCAGGGGGCAGAAAAGGGCAGCUUAGCCAGAGUUCCUGGCAAGCACUGCUUUGCGGACUGAGAAUCUCAUGCCAAGAGAUGUUUACAUCCAGGGGCCGGGUCCCACUCCUAGACACCAAGACCUCCUGGUGGUGGCACUAGUUAGAGGAUGUUUCACUGCAGCUGCCCCCUGCCCCCGGGCCAGCCAUCCAGCCUGGGGCACGCGGGGCAUUGGCACACUGUCUAACUCAUCACCGUCUGGACAGUGGCGGCUCCCAGGCCAGGCGGCACCAUGUUGUCCAUGACGUACAGCGAGAGUCUGCGGAGCGUGAGCAGCAGGUGCCACUCUGAGUGGGCCCUGCAUCCCGUCCGCCAGACGGACACGCUGGAACUGCAGCGGCUGCGAGAGGUGCGGGCAGCUGCCCAGGCCAGGAACAUGGAGAGCUUCCUCCGCAUGCACGGCCUCUCCCUGGACGGCUGCACCGCCCAGCGCACAGGCAUGAAGUAUCGGAACCUGGGCAAGUCUGGCCUGCGGGUCUCCUGCCUGGGACUUGGAACAUGGGUGACCUUCGGAGGCCAGAUCACCGAUGAGAUGGCAGAGCAGCUCAUGACCUUGGCCUACGAUAAUGGCAUCAACCUCUUCGAUACAGCAGAAGUCUACGCAGCCGGCAAGGCUGAAGUGGUACUGGGAAACAUCAUUAAAAAGAAAGGAUGGAGGCGGUCCAGCCUCGUCAUCACCACCAAGAUCUUCUGGGGCGGAAAGGCGGAGACGGAGCGGGGCCUGUCCAGGAAGCACAUAAUCGAAGGUCUGAAAGCUUCUCUGGAGCGACUGCAGCUGGAGUAUGUGGACGUGGUGUUUGCCAACCGCCCGGACCCCAACACCCCGAUGGAAGGGGACCCAUUUAGUUCCUCCAAGUCAAGGACAUUCAUCAUAGAAGAGACGGUCCGCGCCAUGACCCACGUCAUCAACCAGGGGAUGGCCAUGUACUGGGGCACGUCACGCUGGAGCUCCAUGGAGAUCAUGGAGGCCUACUCGGUGGCCCGGCAGUUCAACCUGACACCGCCCAUCUGCGAGCAGGCUGAGUACCACAUGUUCCAGCGCGAGAAGGUGGAGGUGCAGCUGCCGGAGCUGUUCCACAAGAUAGGAGUGGGCGCCAUGACCUGGUCGCCUCUGGCCUGUGGCAUUGUUUCCGGCAAGUACGACAGUGGCAUCCCACCCUACUCAAGAGCCUCUUUGAAGGGUUACCAGUGGCUGAAGGACAAGAUCCUGAGUGAGGAGGGCCGGCGCCAGCAAGCCAAGCUGAAGGAGCUGCAGGCCAUCGCCGAGCGCCUGGGCUGCACCCUGCCCCAGCUGGCCAUAGCCUGGUGCCUGAGGAAUGAGGGAGUCAGCUCCGUGCUCCUGGGGGCCUCCAACGCGGACCAGCUCAUGGAGAACAUUGGGGCAAUACAGGUCCUUCCAAAACUGUCGUCUUCCAUUAUCCACGAGAUUGAUAGUAUUUUGGGCAAUAAACCCUACAGCAAAAAGGACUACAGAUCCUAAGCCGCCCCCGCCCGCCUGCUCGGACACUUGCCAUUCCCUCCUAGUCUCUGUUCGCUCGCUUAAGCUGUUCUGAAGCCAAGUGAAGAGUGUGGUUUGCAUCCAAGAGAAAACACCACACUGUGACGUCAUCGGGAAACGAUCUCCCAGUCGCUGCCAGACACCACCCACUGCUUGGCCGGACAACGUCGAAGUCCGAUCUGUGCCCGGGACGGCACUGGUUAGGAAGGACGUUCGAGCGGCCCCACCCAAGCCUGUCGCCUCUGCUCAUCCUCCAAGACCGCCCAGCUUUCUCCCAGCCACAGCCAAGAUUCCCAGAGUCAAGGCCCGAAGAUUCCCAAGAUUCCCCAAGUCAAGGCCGGGCCAAAGCCUGGGUGGGUUCUUGGGGCAGGCAGGGCUGGCCUCUCCUCUGCUGAGAAUCCCUACCCCGAGUAAGGGGAGAGGGAAAAGGGGUCUGGCCCAUCGAGGGGUCCCUUCUGCCAGGGCCUUGGUCGCUGGGGCAGGGGCCUCCCCAGUGGGGGUCUUCCUGGGGGUCUUCCUCCACCUCCCACUUUCCAAGGGCUCCAGGAAUCUGGGCCUGACCCAGAUUCCUCCCCCAUCCUUCUCUGCUCCAACCUGCCCCACUGGGUCCCGGCGGGGGCCAUGCCCACCAAGCUCGAGCUGGCCCUUGACCCCCACCCACCCCCACCCUCGCUGGCAGGGGCAGGGACCCCAGGGGGAUCGGCUCUGCAAUUUGGGAGCCACAAAAAGUGUAGGGGUGUGAUUUCUAGCUCAGCAUCCCACCGUCUUCCUCCUACACACCAAUGAUGAGCCUCACACCAGUGAUGCCCGGAGCACAUGGGAGGGGUCGCAGUGGGGCAGGCCCUUCUGUCCGGCCACCCCGUCCUGGCCCCGGAAGGCCCUAUGGUCAUACGCUCCUAGCUGCACCGUGGCUGCUGGCCACACCGUGGCAAGUGGCAGCAAAAGCCAGCCCUGUGCUCGAGGACGCACUCUUCUUGGCCCCUGUAGACUUUCUCUAAAGCCGCCCUCCACCCCAGGCUGCUAUUCUGCACUGAGGUGGUGGGCUGGAGUUUUGCAGAGAGCAUGCUUGGACCCUUUCAGUAAGAAAGGGUCCUUGGGGUUUUCUGUGCCCAGGACUGGGGUGCUGCACCCCCACGGCAGCCCCCACAAUGUAGGAAAAGACCUCAGGGAACCUCUCCCGGGAAAGAUGGCCGGGGCUUGUUGGCCCCUCCCACUGCCCGACACCUGGAACAGACUGGGGAGAGGGGAGGGACGGCAGGACAGGCCAGAGUGACACCCCUGUGCAGCUUGGGCCGGAGGGCUGGGGAUGCCAGGAAAUCUGCAGGUGCGGGGGUGCCACCUACAGGCCCAGGCCUGUGUCCCGAGCAGUACCCAGGCUUUGCUGACUGCGCAGGGCAGGGCUCCACCUAAGCCACCCCCACCGCUCGCCAGCUAGCUCCAUAGGGAAGCCUGUGUCUCCUGCCCCCAAGGCACACCCUCAGCGCGAGCACCUCCGUUCCCACUUUGCCCUUGGAGGAGCCACUGUUCCAGAAGGCUCCACCCUGCUGUCCAGCAGGAGCCUGCUGUCCAGUCCUGGGCGGGCCAAGGCCUGGGAAACGUGUGUAAGUCAGGAAGGCCAGCAGGGAGAGGCUGGGGUGAGGCAAGGAGAGGGAUGCAGCUUCUGCUGUUCCUGGCCCACCUUCAUGCUGCCCCUGGCGCCUAGAACCCUUGCCCCUCCUCGUAGACCAAGUCCUGGGGGACUCCACCCAUUCCUGCUGCCCACUUCACCAGAAGCAGCCCUGUGAGUGUGGGGCGGGGAAGUCCCUUCCCAACGGAGGUCCCAGCCUAUGGCCCCGGGCCCAGGUGGGGGUCACCUGCUUCCUUCCAGGACAGGGUCCUGCAGCGGCCAAUGGUGUCAGAGGGCAGGUGGCCCACCUUCGCCAUCAGGGAGGGUGGCUGGCCCCAUCCCUACUGCCACCCCAGCCCCACCCACUGUUGGAAGAGGGACCAGCGCGUGAGGUGGUGCCCCGGGUGGGCACUGCUGCUUAACGCAAGCCACACCUGGGGCAGCUGAGCCCCCACUGUGGGUUUGCCAAACAGAGGCCAGGCCCCUGGUGAGGCCCAAGACCCCAGUGCCAGGAUGCAGGCAGCCUCUGGCGCAGCUCUUUCCACAGCCUGGUCCCUGGAUGUCCUGUUUGCUCCACAGCCAUCUACAGGGAGGAUGUGAGGGGGUUCUGCCUCCUGGGGCCAGGUGCCCCCUCGGGAGGGGGGUGUUAGGUGGGACCAUCCGAGAAAGAGCAGAAGACCAAGGGCAAUCGGGGUCUAGAAGGGAGGGCGCUGGCCCUGCUGGGUGCUGCGGAGCCCCCACUGUUUCCCACUCAGCCUUGCGGUCCCGAGGAGUGACGGGCUUCCUCCCAUCUUCUGUCCUUGUCCAGUCAUGUAAAUAAUGUGCUUUUUCCGUCCCCGCCCCCCGUCUUUUUUUUAAAACCGACCGUGGUUCCUCAGCUAACUGCAUUCCCUACCUAGGCAGACUGUCCUAUGCCUCGAGCUUCCAAACGAGACUCAGAUCACGACACAGCCACCGUAUUUAUGGAAUGACAAAAUAAAGCCCACACCCAUCGGUCUCUGUG